UAUGGCAUGUUUAAACUUCACGAAGGCUCCAAUCUCCAAUGGUUUAAUCCAUCUACAUUCGAGGAAGCAAAUAUGUUUCAAUUGAUUGGAAACAUUUGUGGAUUGGCCAUCUACAACUUUACAAUCAUUGAUCUCCAUUUCCCACAAGCAUUGUUUAAAAAAUUACUGAACAGACCUGUGACGUUAGAUGAUAUAAAAGAGCUUGAUCCAGGAGUUGGAAAAAGUUUACAAGAUAUGCUAGACUUUGAAGGAGAUGAAUUUGAGGAUGUAUAUUGUUUAGCAUUCGAGGUAAUGCAAGAAGUUUUUGGUGAGUCCAAAGCUAUUGAGUUAUGUCCGGAUGGGCAUAACAAAACUGUCAACCAAAGUAACAAACAUGAUUACAUCAAUCUGUAUGUGGACUACAUCCUGAAUAAGUCCGUGGAGGUCCCGUUCAGGGCGUUCUACAAUGGGUUCCACUCAGUGUGUGGUGGGAUGGUGCUAGAACUUUUCCAGCCCCAGGAGCUUCAGGCCAUGGUUGUAGGAAAUGAGGACUAUGAUUUUAAUGAAUUGGAAAAGAACACAGACUACAAGCAAGAUUAUCACAAGUAUCAUCCAACAAUAAAAAUCUUUUGGGAAGUUUUUCAUGAAAUGUCUCUAGAGGACAAGAAAAAAUUCUUGUUGUUUUUAACUGGCAGUGAUCGUAUUCCAGUAUUUGGCAUGAAACAUGUAAAGAUAACAAUUCAACCUUCAAGUGGAGGAGAGCACUUCCUACCCGUGGCCCACACUUGCUUUAACAUGCUCGACCUGCCCAGGUACACAAACAAGGCCACCCUGAAGGAGAAACUUUUAAUGGCCAUCCAGCAGACGCAGGGCUUUGGGCUGGUGUAGAUCUUGGCUGGAUUCAUCACAAACAUCUGUGUGAAAACUUUCUCCCAUAUUUUGCAAAAAGAAAAGCUGACCUAAACUUGUUGUUACCCUAGCAAUAAUGACAUCAGAAUAUUUUGUUAGUGAUUAGCCAUUGGUUUUUAUAUUGUGUACAUACAUUCUAAUAAAUAUUACUAAGCUGUGUAAACUAUGGUUGCAGUGUAUUUUAUAAUAAAAUGCCACAUUUUCAUCAUUCUUACUAAAUUUAUAGUUCUUUAUUUUUAUAAAUUCAUUUAUCAUAAAGCAACUGAAAAAAAGGCAAUACUUAAAAUAAUUCAAGUGCUAAUUUUUAAACAUUGUACUGUUAGGAGGAAAAAGAUUUGUUUUAUUUUGUGUCUAGAUUAUAACCACCCCCUCCCCACCCAUCAGUUAUACAUUUGCUCAAUAUAAAUGCAGUGAUAUUCUGUGUUUUGUGCUUGAACAAUGCAGUUUAUUUUUAUUGUUGUUUCUUGCCAUUAUAUUUAAAAAGAAUAGCUGCAGAUUUUGUCAGCCCUUUAUUUUUAAAACUAGAGAAAAAAAAAAUAAAGUGCAUCUUUAAUUAUGUUGGUGUCUUGGAGAUGGCCUGUUUUAUUAACAUGUUUUUUAGGUCAGACUUUAAAUUUUAAGUUGUGUUGUGCUUUGUUAUACAUCGUUAAUAAGGCAUGGAAAAAAUUUCCAAAUGUAACUUAAAUUUUAAGUCAUUUUAAGUUGCUAUGCAUUGAAAAUUUGGACAGAAACUUUUUGUCCCAAGAGUCUGUAAAUUUGUACAGUACUGAUGAUUACGUUGACAGCGCAGGCCAUCUAUGAGAAUUUCAUCAGGGUUGAAGCUUAAGUGCAGCGUUGCUAUUUUACACUCCUGAAUUCCUGGACCUCAAAUGUUUUAAGUGUGAAAAUGUGCCUAUACCUACAUUUACACUUGACCUUUGUUGAAAUGGUAGUUUUUUUUUAUGCUAAUUUAUUCAUGUAAUGGAUCAAGACUCUGUUGUUGGCCUCUAAGUGUUUGUAUCAGCAAAUGUUGUGCAACUGGUCUGUGUGUAGUUUUGGGGUGGCAAGUAAAAAAAAAAUAUAUUAUGUUGCUUUGUCUGGUUGUUGUUUCUAAAGCAGGUAUCCCAUUUCAAACAUACCAUUCAUUUUAAUCACAUUUCAAACAUUGAUUUUUAUCCCAUUUCAAACAUUGAUUUUAUCACAUUCAAACUUACCAUUAUUUAAAAUAAAAUAACCUGAAUUUUUAUUGUUUUUA